UAUUUGUCUAUUAAUGUUCCCUGUGAAAUUGAUUGAUUUGUAGUUGUCGCCCUCGAGAUCUGAAUACAAGGAUUUCUCAACAAACAUUAGCGAAAACGAUCUUGACUAUGACACUUUCAAAUUGGAUCAAAUGCACAAACCCCCCUUAAUUAAGAAGAGUUCUUCUUAUCCAAGAAAUUAAGUAUAGAAUUAAUCAUAAAUAUUUUAGUAUAAGCAAUAAUUGAUAGAAGAAAGCAAUAUCGAUGGUGAUCAGAUCAUAUAGGAAUGCAAUCGCUUUAUUUAAGACCCUUAAGUCAGCGUAACGCAACUCCUACAGGACUUGGCUCUAGAUCAACCAAAGAAAAAUAGAAGUGCUGGCUUCUUGAAGUUCUUUGAUGAGAAUAAAAACUAUGGAUUCAUAGUGAUGGACUCAGAUGGCUCAGAUAUUUUCGUAUAUGCUGAUGAUCUCACGAAAACUGGAAUCUCUAAAGAGUAUUUACGAACUGCUAAGUUUGGAAAUUGCAUCAGGUACUCUCCUUAUAUUAAAUAAAAGAUUUACUUUUACUUGCAUGGAAUAUUACGGUAAAUACAAUAAAUCGAGGAAGGCAAUCGACUUAGAAUAUCAAAAGCCAGGCUUGUUCACUCAAAGCCUAUACUGAU